UUGUUUCGUAUUAAAUAAUUAAUCGUAACUAUUUAAUGAUUUUCAAUAAUGCCUGUGCCCACGUUGUGGUCUAAAAUUAAAACAAAUAUUUUUCAUUAAACUGGAAACUUCAUGGCCUUGAAGCCCCAAGUAAUCAAAUCAACAUCGUCAAUAAAAAUGGCGUACAUCUUUGUGUCAAAGUGCAUUGUUUAUUAAUUAUUGCGGCUCAUUUUGAUGCUCCAAUUAUGUAAUUUAAAAAAAGUGUGAAUAGAAACAUUAAAAUAAGUGGUUAAGUUUACUGUUAAGUUUAAUAAAUAGACAUGUCGAAAAAACUAUCAAUAACUGAUCCUUUUCAACCAAAAAUCACCCGCAAUGAUCGAUUUGCUCAAAUGUCCCAUCAAGAAAAAGUAAUUGAGCAAAAGAAACGUGAAAUUCAAGCAAAACUGGAGGCCAAACAGAAAGGAAGUACAGAAACUACAACGAAAGCGUCAUCUCCAACACCACCAAAUAAACAAUCGAAAAGUCCUCCUAAGAAAGUAGACAUUAAAAAGUCAACAGGUUUCAAUUUGUUCAGUAAUGAUGGUUCAUUUUUGGACACUUUUAAACAAAUGAAAGACAAGAAGUUAGAUUCAAAACUGAAAUCAUUUAAAUCCAAAGACCAUGGUGAACAGCGUAUUGGUAAUAAAAACAGCAGGUGGUCGCAACGACGUCGUUCACCAUCACCUAAAGAUCGAAACCUGAAAUCUCGAAUCUCUCGCUUUUCUGAAAAACCCAACAAUUUUGAACCAAAGAUUACAAUAAACACGUCGUUCAAUAAUCCAGUGUCACAGCACAAUUUUGAUAAUCCACAAAUUUCGAUCAGUCCCCAAAAUGUCACAGGACAACCGUUGUUGAAAAAUAUUUUGCCACCGCCUGGGGUUGUUUUCCCAACACCCAAUCAGCAAACCAGCGCACCUGUGAUUGCAGCGCCUCCUUUGCUUCUAAAUGUGCCACCACCCCAAAUUGUCCCCAGUCAAGUUAACAAUACUCUUUUGUUGCCAAGUUCAGCAGGAAAUGUUCUUGUGUCAACACCAACUGUUAGUGUCACAAUUCCAGCUUCUGGGGUUUUGACAACAGUAACUUUGCCUCCACCUUCAAUUAUUUCAACUCAGCCUGUUACUGUAUCGACAGCAAACGCCAUACCCGUGCCACCCCCAUGUGUACCAGCUGUAGAAUUAGCAUCCAUCCCACCGCCAAAUCCCAUUCAAGUGCAGAAUAUCCCCCAACCGGAACCUAUAAAUACAUUGAACAUCCCGCACCCCGCACCAAUUCAAGUUCAGAAUAUCCCAACACCUACUUCGAUCCAGUUAAAUGAGAUCCCGAACCCGAAACCGCUUGACUUAUUAGCAAUACCAACUCCCAACGAAGAUAAAUCAAUUUCGGAUCCGGACUUUAUCAAAAAUAUUCCACCUCCAAAUAAAUCAAUUCCCCCGCCGACGUUACCAGAACCUAAUGUGAACAUCCCUCCUCCCAACACUCCUGUACAAUCCACUUGCCUUCCACCACCUAAUAUAAUCCCAGUUAGUAUCCCUCCUCCUCAGUCAAUUGCAACCCCCACGCUACCCCAAAACCUGACGGUACAAAGCAUCACUCCAUGCCAGAACAUCCUAGUCCACACAAUCCCUCCCCCUCCACAAAUACAAACCAUCCAAAACAUCUCCAACAACCAGGCAAUUCAAAACAUCACCACGGGAGUACCGCCUCCAAACAUUCAAAACCAGAACAAUUUCGCAUCGGUUUCUUCGAUUUCGGUUGCUCUUCCAGUAGGCGUUGUACCGUCGAGCCCUGUUACUGUUACCAAUACGAUUCCGUCUUUGAUGGCUCAGCCUAUUCUACCACCUCCAGGAAUGGGCGUGGCCACUGUUAAUGUUAAUUGCCCUCCUCCUAUGUUGCCAACGCUUCAAGCUCCACCUCCGCCGAGUUUUGUAAAUCAGCCGCCGCCUAUCACCAAUCAGAUGCCGCCGAUGAAUGUGCCCCCUCCUCCUACGACAAUGGCAAUUAUGAACCCCGCCCCCAUCACUGGACCCCCAUUCAGGGACAUGAAUGCAGUAUUUCCCCCAGGUACUCCCGAUUAUGAAGCAAUGGCGUCUCUCGGACGCAUGGUGGCCCAAUGCGGACCAGGCAUAGAGGACGUCGUGAGACAACGCAAAACGCAAGACCCCAAUCUGUGGUUCCUAUUUCACAAAGAAUCCGCCGCCUAUCAGCAGUACCAACAGUUGGUCGAACAGUUCAAAAGAGAAAUUAACGCUAAGAAUGAAGCAAACGAAGCGAAAGAUACGCAUUACAAGCCUGAAGAUAUUUACGAACCUGAAAUGGCUAUUGAAGACGAAAAUGACACCAUUAGUAUGAAACUAGAGAAAAAGACUGACUCCAGGGAAAAUGAAAGCGAGGGUACAAAUAAAAGAAAACGAAAAAGUAGGUGGGGUGAUAAAGAUACUUCCAUACCGCCACCAAUCGUUUUAAAUCCUACACCAGGAGCCUUACCACGACCAGGGGGACCACAAGCUCAGAGCGGUAACGUGAUGCUGUCAAAAAUUACCAGAAGUGAUCCUGGUUUAAUUCAGUAUACUGUAAAUACAUAUGGGUCCACAAAUUUGUCUGAAGAAGAAUGGAAAAAGGCUGAAGACAAUUACAAAAUUAACAUACUCUAUCAAGAUAUGAUGAAAAAACGUGAAGAGUUGGAAAAGUUGCAGCUUGCGGGAAAAAAUAAAUAUGAUUACGAUUCCGACGAAGACGUGGACGGCGGGACGUGGGAACACAAGUUGAGAGAUAAAGAAAUGAUGGCGACUCAACUCUGGGCUCAGGAAUUAACCCGACAAGCCGAAGGAAAACACCACAUUGGCGAUUUUUUACCGCCAGAAGAACUAAAACGAUUUUUAGAAAAAUCGAAUCUCACUAAAGAGCGAUUACCGAAUAAUUCUGAUUAUAAAGAUUUUAAAAUUAAGGAGGACAAUAUCGGGUUUAAAAUGUUGCAAAAACUCGGAUGGUCACAAGGACAAGGGCUUGGUUCCAACGGAGCUGGCAUUGUUGAACCUAUCAAUAAAGCGGCUGCGCGGGAACAGAAUCAAGGUUUAGGUUUAGGUGAGACAGAUGAAGACAAAGAAGACGAAUAUGAAGCGUAUAGAAAGCGAAUGAUGUUAGCGUAUAGGUUUAGACCAAAUCCUUUGAAUAAUCCUAGGAGACCAUAUUACUAAAACAUUGAAAAUAACGUGUAUAAAAUUUUUUUUUCGCCAUUGUAAAAUUGUAUAUAUGUAUAUAGGGCAGCCUAUAUUAUUUAUGUUAUGUUACUAGAGUAUAUUUAUUUCAAGAC